UAUCCUGUGGCGCGCAGGGGCGGUUCUCACCGCACUGUCUAGGCGAUUUGUGCCCUCGCGUCUCCCUCCGAGCCGGUCGCGUGGCCUGUGGCACGUGCAGUGGGCGGGGCGGGACUCCCGGCCGGUCCGCCCAACGCUGCCCUCAGUGCCUAGCUGUGGUCGCCACUCUCCUCAGUCCUGCACCACCGGCCCUGGCCCUUUCUCCCUCGGACUUAUUUUCUGAGAGGAAGAGGGUGUCCCCUGCUUGGCACCCCGGGAAUUGGGAGCUUCCCCUCACCGUUUGCCUACCUGAGCUCUGUGGACUUUAGGCCUAGUAGCUCAGACCUCUUGCUUCAAAAGAGCAAAAAGCCUUGCCACGCCCUGCGCAAUGCUCGGGCUGCUGGUCCAGAGAGGAUUAGUGAUCUACCUGUGCUUUUUCAAGGGAGCUGAUAAAGAGCUUCUUCCCAAAAUGGUUAAUACACUGUUAAAUGUGAAAUUAAGUGAAACAGAAAAUGGCAAGCGUGUCUCUGUAUUGGAUCUACCUGGCAACAUUCUUAUCAUCCCUCAAGCCACCCUUGGGGGGAGAGUAAAAGGAAGAAGCAUGCAGUAUCACUCUAACUCUGGAAAAGAAGAGGGGUUAGAACUUUAUUCCCAAUUUGUGACUCUCUGUAAAAAAGAAUUAGCUGCUAACAGCAAGUGUGCUGAAGCUGGGGUUGUGGUGGAACAUGGCACUUACGGCAACAGGCAGGUGUUAAAGCUCGACACCAAUGGACCAUACACACACCUAAUUGAGUUUUGAAAAAUUAAAAGUUUCUACAGUUGUAAUUAGAUUCUCUUCCCCUUCUGCUUGAGUACGCUAAUCUGCAGCAUUUUUAGACAAGAAAAUCCUGGGUCCCAUCCAUACCUCUGCAGCCUGCUACUUGGAUGACCUCGCCACAUCACCUAAACUCUGGAUCUCAGUCACCUUCCAUCCUGCUUUCCCCUAAACUCACACUCAAAAUUUUGAAAAAUGCCUUGUAUUCGCUUUAUGGUCAUUGAUAAGAACAUGGAAAUGUUUUUAGAGAGCUGUAUUUAAGCAUUUUGCAAUUAAGCAUUUUGUGCAAUCAAGAAAAAUAUGUUUCUUAUACCCUCAAAUGUAUGUAAUAUGUAGUAAAAGUCACUAUUUGUGUUACGAUUAUAAUUUUGUCAAUUUGGUUUUAGUAUUUCAGAUUUCCAUAUUUUGAAUGAAAGAAUAUGCAAUUUACUAUUCCUUCUAAUAAUAUCUAUAAAAAUAUAAUACAGAAAUGUUAUUGUACAUUUUAAUAUUAUUUUCCAAGGACAUCCAAGUGCUUUAAAUUAUUUUAAGAAUCUUUAGUUGAUAUAACAAUAAGGUAUGGGGGACUAAAAGUUGUUUUUAUUUAAUAUAUUAAUGGCUUAAUAUUCUGUUUCUCAGUUUUUUACCAAAACAAUGUGUGUUGCAUUUUCUGUCUUUGGUUUUUAAAAGUUACUGUUUCAUUAAAUUAAUGUUCAUAAAUUUUUUUAGGAAGUUCCUUUCUUGUUGGUUUAGAUUGCUAUAAAAGGAAUAAAAGGAAUAAAAAGGGAAGCUGUCUACUGGAAUGAUUUGAAAACAAGUUGACUUGUUCAUUUCCAUUUUAUCGACUUAAUGAUUUGGAGCCAGUAUCAUUUUUUCUAUUAGUGUAUUUUUGUGUCCUGCCCCCACCCCAAAAUUCAUAUGUUGAAGUCCUCCAAUGUGAUGGUAUUUGCACAUGAGGCCUUUGGAAGGUAAUCAGGGUUGAUAGAGCACGAGAGUGGGGCCCUUAUGAUGGGAUUAGUGUCCUCAUAAGAAGAAACACCAGAGAACUUGCUCACCCUUUCUCUGCCCACCAUGUGAGAAUGCAGUGAGAAGGGAGCCAUUUACAAGCCAGGAAGAUAACCCUUACCAGAAACCGUGCUGGCACCCUGAUCUUGAACUUCUAGCCUCCAGAGCUGUAAGAAAAUAAGUUUCUGUUGUUUAAGCCACCAUAAGUCUAUGGUAUUUUGUUCUAACAGCCCAAGCUAAGACAGUCACAUAAGAUAAACAUCUAAUAAGGUAGACUUUUCAAAGCCAAGAGAGGAAGAUAUACAAGAAAUUGAAAGAAUAAAUGAAUCAAUAAAAGGUAAUG